CCAACACUUUCUCAAAAGUGGUGCCAAAAGGAGUCAAGCCAAAGAUAUUUCCUUCAGUGUUGUCAGUGAGCCGCUUAUCCCCAUAGAAGUUGAUCAUGUUAUACUUCCCAGUCUUCACAUCUCACUUGGAGUUUUUAAGAAGCUCUUUGACCUGUUUGAGAGUGACUGCCACAGAUUAGACGAGCACCUCUUCAAGUUGCGAGCUCAAGUGGAAGAUGAGGAUGAAGAUGAGGAUGAAGAUGAACAUCGCGACACUAACUUUGAUGUGCAAAUUGCCACUUCUGUUCAGCAGCGAAACCACAUUGCUCAACAACUGACGAAGAAAAAAUCACGCCUUGAAGAACUCGAGGAUGAUCUACCCCUGUAUGUACUCCAGCACACUGAGCAGCAAGAUGUGGAUGCUGAUUUCCGUCAGAUGGCAACUGAGACAUAUCAGUUGAGAGUCGAUGUACAUGGCCUGGUGAGUUUGCCAUGUAAAACACAAUGCAGUCUCAAAAUUCUUGGAAUAAUGUUGCAAUUUUUCUCUCUUGAUUUGCAGUUGCUCCGUGUUCAUGAAUUUAGCAUGCAAAAUUAUUGCGUCCAUUUGUUUUUCACAGGAAAUCGAAAUGAAUCGUGCUGACCUUGCCUAUGGAACUGGUCCUGUUGUCAGCUCCUUGGACAAAGUUUUGUCAACGUUUCAUGUUCAGCGACAGGCCUACCACGGGAAGUCAUUUGUGGGCAACCAUGUUCAUCGAUGCUGCACUGUUGAAGUCAUUGAAGCAUUGACUGCGGCUCCAAUGAAGGUCAUGCUGGAAAAUAUGACAGAUGAUGUUCCUCUUGCAGCCCACGAACAACUUCUCAGGGAAUCUGCGAACAUAAAGAAAAAAUACAGUGACAUAUUUCUUAAGUUCGCAGAUGUACAUCAUGGCAUCAACCAUGCGAGGGCAAUCUCACCAGAAGAAAUUAAUCAGAUUGAUAUCUGCAUCAAAGAAUUCCUGAACUCAUUCCGUGCAUCAUUCCCAAGCUCCAACAUCUCACCAUCUCUCCAUCUUUUGGAAGAUCAUGCCGUCGAGCAGCUGAGAAAAUUCCGGGUAGGAUUCAGCCUGCUAAAUGAACAAGGUGGCGAGCUGAUACACACAGACUUCAACAGAACUGGACGAGUGGUGCACGGAAUGAGGGAUCCCCUUCAACGACUGAUGGCUGUCAUGAGAAGACACCUUGUGGGCACAACACCAGAAGUGCAGACAAACAUCGCCAAAACCUCCAGAAAGCAUGAAUAUUAAAGACAAAAUUAUAAAUUAGUGAUGCCAAUAUUGACCAAGAAAGGGUUUUUAGUUUGAAAGUGUAAAAAUCAUCACUUCUUGCUUAAAAUAACCUGCAUGUGAACAGCAAACAAACAACAACUAACAUGUGCCGAGUGAUAAUUAAUGUUAAGUACGAAGUCUUUUCGUACAAAAAAUACGACAUUCAAAAACAAGAUCCUAUUCAUUAUUCUUGGUAAUUAAAUCCCAUCAUCUAUCAGCCAACAACAGCUAAAGCCGGCCCGGUUCAUACUUCCUGCAAAUGCGAAGCGAAUUUGACGUCACAACCCUCCUUUCGCAGCUUUAUUCGUAAGUGAGUCAAACAGAGUUCAUACUGCUGCGAAUUGUUCAUUGCGAAUGCAU